AUAUAUCAAAAGUCAAAACAUAUAAUUCCCCCGGGCUUUUAUCAAAGUUUUCUUCCAAAAAACUGAAGGACAAUAUCGUAAUUGAGCAUCAGCCGUCGUCUUCUUCAAAAUCCCCCAUCCCCUGUUCACACACACACAGUCGCUCUCUCACUCAUAUCCAUCUUAACCUCUCUCUACCAUUGACCUCAUUUCUCUGGAGCCUUACCUCUCCGCCGUCAAAGACUCUUCUCCCGUCUGAAUUCGAUCGAAUUCCGUCGUGGUCUCUCUCGAUGGUGUGAAUUCCAACGUAACAGAAACCAAGAAUUCAAACAGAAAAGAGAGAGAGAGAGAGAGAGAGAGAGAGAUGGAAGAAGGUAUUCGAAAGGAAACGCACGUUCUGCAGAUCAACUUGAUAUCGGCUCAAGGAUUGAAAGAGCCGUCCGGAAAGCUCCGGCGAAUGCAGACCUACGCGGUCGUUUGGGUCGACCCCUCCUGCAAACUCCGGACACGAAUCGACCGAAUCGGCGCCGAAAACCCCAUCUGGAACGACAAAUUCCUCUUUCAAGUCUCAGCCGAUUUCCUCUCUCGAGAAACUUCCGGCGUCUCCAUCGAAAUCUACACCAUCGGUUAUCUCCGCGAUCAUCUGAUCGGCACCGUCCGCUUUCUUGUCAGUAAUUUCCUCCCAACUGUCUCCUUGAAGGCUCCAUCGCUCCUCGCGCUCCAGAUCCGCCGUCCCUCGGGGAAGUUCCACGGCGUUCUCAACAUCGGCGCCAUGGUCAUCGACUCCUCUGAAAUCACCGCAGACAUCUUUAACGUAGUCCGGGAGAACACGACGGAGAGUCGCCGGGGGCGAAGAAUGAAGAAGUCCAGAUCUGCGGCCGCCGUGGCGGAGAUCGGCCGCGCCGACAACGGAGCAGCGAGUUCGAAGGAGAAUUCGUACUCAGGAUCGGUGGAUUACUCCGACGGUCCUGACUCAGCGGCGUCGUCUCCUCUACCAUCGUCUUCGUCGCCAUUGACGGAGUGGAACAGGAUUCGAGAUUUGGCGGGAAAGAAUCACAUGGGAUCGUCAUCGGACGGCGGAGGAUUGCUGUGCUGUUUCUUGAUGAAAUCAUCAGGUGUGUGCGGUGCGUUCCGAGAGGAGAAAUGAUGGACGGCCAGGAUGAGAUGGAAUUUUUGCUUGCUGCAGAUCAUUGCCACGUGUACAUCGACCCUCGCUCAUACAUGGUUACAACCAAAACUUUAGAUUUUGAUCUUUCUUUUUUCCUCGAAAAAGUGUGUGAAUUUUUUAGUUGGAAAUAUGCAAGAUUCAAAAUUCUGCCGAAGUAUUAAAUGUGAGAUAACUAAGUAAAAUAGAUUCCACCAAAUAUGCAAGAUUUAAUAUAUAUACGAAAUUAAAUCGAAAUGAAUCCAACAGAGAUAAGUUACCAUAACGCAUUGCCUGAGAAUUGAGAAUUUAACAGAGACGAAUUACCAUCCUACUAUCUUUGUGUGUGGGAUUUGGUUGGUAAUGCCACCCUAAGGCUCGCCCGU